GAAUGAACCAUGGCGCGCGUAUGUCAACGUUAGGUUUUGGAAUGCUACGACGCCUGUUACCAAGCGCAUUUUGGUAAGUGACAAUGUAAAUUAAUCGUUGCUCCAAUAAGAAUGGCCACUUCGAUAUACUUGACGAGCGCAGACUGAUGUCGAUGUACUGUUGGAAGAAUAACCGAAAUAUGGUAUCGCCUUGUCUGGGCAGGCGAAUAAGCAGCAGAACAAAGGACGUCUCAAAAACACACCAUCUGAUAGAAAGUGAAGUCAAUAAAGCAGCUCCUCCUACCGGGUUUCAAUUUUUUAAAGAAAAUGUAAAACUUCGUGUACAACCAAAACAAAAGUUCCAAAGAAAGAAUGCAGUAUUAGAUUCACGGCGUCUCGGUAAUAUCAGAGCAUCAUUGCUCCAUUCUGGGGCGGAAGAAGUAGUAUUCAUUCGCAAAAAGUUCAAAUCAACGUACUCUGAUAGCACGACCAACUUAACUUGGAAACCGCAUUCCACUAAAACACCUGAGUUCAACUCAAGAACCAAUAAGAUAGACACAGACAAUAAAUAUCCCCAAUCGGAGAAUAUUCACUACACGGGGAAAUCUGAAGUCAAUAAACGUCGUGUGAUGACCGCUGCACUAAGUUCAAUGCUAGGUGUUCCGAAUGAUUCUUCGAGAAAUACGUUGAUUAAUUUUAAGCAGAAGUUAACACCCGGGGGUCAUAAAAUACCAGAAGAUCCCAUCAAUUCUCUUAGCAAUCUACACCGACAAAGAGUCCCAGAUGCCAGAUCUAGUGAUUACCGAGUACACAAGUGGAGACGCAAAAGUAACAGCAGGAAGUAUGCUGGAAUGGAGUCGUUGUCCACAGCAUCCAAAAUAAAUCAGGCCGAAAGAAAACCGCGAAAAAUGACUUUAGAUAAUAGCCAUGGUUUUGGAGUUAGUACCAAUAACGACCGCUUCAAAAGGCCCAUGAUUCCUUUGCCCGCGGUUAAUUUGCUACCAGCACUCCGCAUUCAGGAAAGAUCGAACAAUGGUGCUUAUGAUGGUCGAGAAAUUACUUUUGCAUUUUCAAGAAAUGCUGCAAUGGAAAAUUUAGAACGUCGAUUUCACGACAACAGCUGGAAAAAUAAUAGAUCACGUAAAAGUGAAGCAAAAUAUGAUACACUCAAUGGAAUAGCUGAUCAAGAUUCACAUAAGUUAUUACUUCGGGAAACGCGCCGUACAAAAGCUCUUCGACGCGCUGCAUCAUUUCAAAUUGCACACAAUGAGUCUGGGCAUAAGUCUUCCGCUAUCCAAACUUCGGAAAAUCUCGAGUCGCCAGAUAAGAUAAUAUCCAGAUCACAUAAUGUCUCUCGACAAGACGGUUUCGGACAACUAGCGAAUGGCAAGUUUGUAACAGAUUCCCACAGAGAUAUCAAUGUUGCUGAUAAUAAUUUACAAGUGUUGCUAUCGAAUACGGACGCUGUAAAAUAUAAAAUAAUAGCGGAUUCAUCCAGCGAGGAGAUCGUGACUAUUGUUAGUAAGGCUUCAGAAGAUUUUUCGCAUGGUAAAAACUCUGUGCCAGCAGACUCGAAAACAGCGAUCGUCUUUCCUCAGAGUAGUAGUAUUGUGGCUGGUACUGACAAUGUAACAGAAUACUCGAAGAUUAAAGGUAUUAAUAGAUUUUUGGCACACUCGCCCAAUCACCAAGAUUAUCGUCCAUCCAAACGCCGCUUUCCAAUUUUGCCAGAAUUUCUCAGAUUUGAAAAAUCUAAAUUUGAAAACGGGGCAGCAGUUUUCAAUCAAUUAAAAAAAAGCAUAAAAAAGGAGAACGAAGAGAAAUAUUUCAUGUUCAGUCGAAAAAAUAAUGGCAAACAACAAACCACACAAAAAAUGAAAAAGAGGGUAGUCCUGCCUCCAUUGCGGAGUCAACAUGGUGUGAUAAAUGAAUACUCAAAUCAAAACACUUGGAACAGAUCGAGAUUAUUAAACGAAGGUAGUGAAGUUUCGGAUGUCAUUUCUCCUCUCGGAAGCUCGCCAAACAGAAAGAAGCCAUCUCGAUCCUACAAAACUUCGCCGCUUUCACGCACAUCGGCUGCUGGGGGUCUUCAACUAAAGGAUCAGUCUUCUACUCCAGCAGAUUCAACCAGCAGCCGCAGCACUGGAGGGAGGAGAAAAUCAAACAAAUGGAGACGUAGAAGUAUACGAAGUGACAGCAAAGGAAGUCCUCAAUUUUACCGCGCACAGAAACAAACAAAACUGGCAAAAUUAAUGGACAAGUGGAGAGCCGCCAUUCGCCUUACCAUAAUGUUUGAUCGCCUAUGUAAUGAUCACUACAUAGUGACCGAUGAUAGUUACAACAUUCAUUUCGGACGAACAGCAAAAAAUAUAGCCGGACCUGAAACAAAACAAGAAGUGUUGUUUGAUGUUAUGGACUAUAAAACUAAAAAUCAGCAAAGACUUUCUGAUACAACAAGGAAGACGUUGUCCAUCCCGUCUGAAAACAGAACAGAUCAAGAUGUCCGAAUGGUUCAAACCGCUUUACGAAAUGUCAAAGCCAUUUCAGACCAUUCCUCAUCAGUACAGGAGAACAUUGCAAGAAGCGGAUACUUUGUUGGGUUUGAAAGCAAACGAGUGGUUGUAUUGGAGAAUCGUUGCCCUCUCAAUUUUUAUGUUUUACUUGCGGGGUCUGCAGUCGUCAUUAAGCAGGAUGAAAAUGGAAACACAAAUCCCGUUUCCUUCUUGAAACGAGGCGAUAUAUUUGGGGAACAUGAAAUUCUCGACAACAGCAAUUGGGGCUGGAGCGUUGUAACUGUAGAUUCAUGUGAAUUUUUACUUCUUGACAAACAGGAAUACGUGAGAAUAUUUUUAGCAGGUGGGAGUGGUGGGAUUCUCAAUGAUCCUGACCGAGGAUCUUUUCUCAGAAAUUUGACUCUUUUCCGAGGUUGGCCGACUCAAAAACUUGAUGCGAAUCCAAACAGAUGCUUAUUCAGGUAUUACAAAAGAGGAACACUUCUUGCUAAAGACAGCGCAGAAAGCGAUUGGAUAUUUGUAGUUAAAUCGGGAAGCUGCUCUGUUCUAAAACCUCUAAAAGUGCAGAAUCUAACACUUCACCAAAUAUUCCGUAAACAAAUGGCAGAACAAACAGCUAUUUUACCAUCACAUUUAAUGACGCAUCUUGUAGAAAAACAAGAAGAAGUCAACGAAGAAGAUCAUUUAAAUAAAAUCCAGAAUAUUGAAGAUAAUGUAAAAGCAGAUCAAGUGAGUGUUGCAACAUCUUACAAACAAAUUGAAAUGGCGUCUCUACUGAAAGAACUCAACAUCGACAUUAAAGAGGGAUUUCUUACACCUGUCAGUGAAGAGGAUGAUGAGGAAGGGGAGUCAGGAAAAAUAAAUAUUCAUGAACGAGAUGUUCUUAACAACAAAAAGGAAAAUACAGUUACAAUGAAUAUAACAGGGGGCGACAUAGAUGCUUAUGUUGCUCCAGCACAAACAGACACAGAAUUUCGUAUGAGCAGAGUGUCUGACAGAGCGGGUACACCACGCACACCAAGCCCAAUGAAAGCUGCCUAUUUACAAACCGGUAUAUCUUCACCUCAAGAAGACGGGUCGCGUCGAAAUCACAACAAACAUUCCGCUGGAACAGGCCUAGAAGCUACUUUGCAUCAGAUGCCUGAAAAAUCGGAAAAAGAAGCAAAUAAGCCAGCAUAUGUAGUUGACACGUUGUCUGCAGACGAUUUUUUGUCGAAGUUGGACUCAUCAUCGGAUUCUGAAGAAGAUGUGCCUGCUGCUGACGAUCGAAAGUUAAAGAAGGUGUAUGUAAAUAUACGAAAACUGACGAGAGGGAACAGCUUCGGACUUGGUUCUGUUCUUUUUAACGAACAGCCAAGUUUGGCAUUGAUAAGCAACGGUGCGGAGUGUUUGGUUCUCAACAAGAAAUUUUAUCUUGACAAUAUGUCCGAUGAGUCUUUAAAGAAUUUGCGCGAUACUGAACACCCAUACCCUUCAGAAAGCGAUCUUCACGAGUCCUAUUGGAGAUUAAUAUCUUGGAAGGCCUUUCAGCGAGGGACAGUUCAACGACUUCAUUUACAUAGGGCCAAAGUUCGGCACUAUUCAAAUCCAACCAAGACCGGUGUAUACUGAUGUGUUAGAAUGGAACGAUAUGCUUUAUCUGAGAUUAGAGUCAAUGAAAAGCUAAAUUAAACAUUAGGCAGUUGAGCAACAAGGCUUCGAAACUUGAUAUCUCUAGUACCGGAUUAAGAUUUUCGAAAAACAAUCAGUCACAAACAAUUACCUGAAAAAGAUUUGUGAACCAUUACUACCAAAACUGUUCAAAGCACUUGAUGAUAGGAUCAACAUUCUAGAUUUUUAAUCGAUUAAAGAUUAUACUUGGAAAAGUUAACAUAAUGCCUAUUAAUAGCCAAUUUCUAAUAAAUAUAAUGUCGUAACUUAUCUAUUCAACCUGAACCUGUGUACUAUUUUCCUAUGCUAUAAAAUACA